CCCCGAUCACGCUCUUCCCAGUCUUUUUCCAGUCCUCCUCUCCUCUCCCACACACACUUUAGCAACAAACCACCUUAACCACCUUCUCCGCCGGGAAAACCUCUCCCUCACACAUGAUGCACACCUGAUGUGGCUAUGCAAUGCUAAAAACAGUCCCCAUCUCUGUACCUACCAAGUACCGCUAAUACCUACCGUACCUACCGGCCUCUUGGUGUAAUUUACAACGCGAUCACCCGAGGGACUUCCUCCGUCGCCAGAACUCGGUCUGAGUUGCAUGUACCUUUAUCUCCGCAGGAGGGGUUGUUGGAGGGGAAGUGCAUACCUCACCACUUCGUUCCCUCCUACUCCUGCUCUGGGUCCUGCCACCUCCACCACCUCCACCUCAUCCCACGACGCCAAUACUGCCAAUCCUCGUCCCCUCUCUCCCCUCCCUCCCCUCCCUCCCCUCUAUCACGCUAAGUGCACUACUCGCACUAAUCCCACUACUCCGACUACUUACUCUACUCCUGCCCUGACUCGGACAAUAUCAUCCGCCGCCCUUCUACUCCCCAGAUCCCCUCCUCAUCGUCCUUCUACUACUCCUCUCACUCUCACUCGCAAACAACUCCUCCCUAAUACCAAAUUUCACCUUCACCAACUUCACCACCAUCUUCACUCGUUCCCUCCAUCAACAACCCUCAAUCUGACCAGGAGAUUCUCACCAUCAACUCUCCGAAAUACCAGGAAAUCAGCGGCCAACUGGCACGUCGUUGCCACCCGCUCCAAUCCCUCUCCACGUCGACACCACCGUUUCCCAAUCACCCCCUUCUACAAACACCACAACGCCAUGAGCACAACCGUGACGAGGUCUAACUCCUCCACCAUGACGGUGCAGUUGCCGACCGCGUCACAAUCGCUCCUCCAACCCCUCAUGCACUCUCUCAAACUCUCCGACCCCCCCAAAAUCACCGCCGAACAUGUUGAGAAUAUCGAGGAUAGCAGCAAUGUUGCGGGCUCCAAUGACCCUCCAAAAGACACCGAGACCGACGAGGAGUGGUUCGUCGGCAGCAUAGACCAGGGCACCACAUCCUCUCGUUUCCUCAUUUUCAACAGCCACGGAGAGCCAGUGGCGAGUCACCAGAUUGAGUUUGAGAACAAGUAUCCUCGUUCAGGGUGGCACGAGCAUGAUCCCCUCGAGCUGGUCUCCUCGGUGCACGACUGCAUUGAGGAGGCGACGGAGGACUUCAUAGACCUGGGCUACAAGGCCAACCAGAUCCGGGCGAUCGGUAUCACGAACCAGCGCGAGACGACGGUAUGCUGGGACAAGGAGACGGGCCUGCCGCUGUACAACGCCAUUGUGUGGCCUGAUACCCGAACCAAGAGCAUCGUGCGCGAGCUGAAGGGGCGCAAGGGGGCGGACAAGCUCCGUGACCUGUGCGGGAUGCCGCUGUCGACCUACCCGUCGAGCGUGAAGCUGAUGUGGAUGUACCGCAACAUACCCGAGAUCCGCAAGGCCUACGACGAGUCGCGGCUUGCCUUUGGAACCGUAGACACAUGGCUCAUCUACCGCCUUAACGGCGCGACCCAGAAAAACAUCCACGUCACCGACAGUAGCAACGCAUCGCGCACCAUGUUCAUGAACAUCCACACCCUGCAGUACGACGACGAGCUACUAGACUUCUUCCAGAUCGACCAGAAGAACGUCAGCCUCCCCAAAAUCGUUCCCUCCUCCGACCCCGAGGCCUUUGGCGCGCUCGUCGGCGGCGUGCUCAAGGGCACCCGCAUCACAGGCUGUGUAGGCGAUCAAUCCGCCGCCCUAGUCGGCCAGUGCGCCUUCAACGAGGGCGAGGCCAAGAACACCUACGGAACCGGCUGCUUCCUCCUCUACAACGUCGGCUCCAAGCCUGUCAUCUCCCAACACGGCCUCGUCGCCACCGUCGGCUACCACAUCGGCGAACACGCCACCUACGCGCUCGAGGGCUCCGUAGCCGUCGGCGGCUCCGGCGUCAAGUUCCUCGAGAACAACCUCGGCUUCAUCAGCAAGUCGUCCGAGGUCGAGAAGCUCGCCCUCUCCGUCCCCGACAACGGCGGCGUCGUCUUCGUCACCGCCUUCUCCGGCCUCUUCGCCCCCUACUGGAUCGACGACGCCAAGGGAACCCUCUUCGGCAUCACGGCGCACACGCAGCGGGGCCACAUCGCCCGCGCCACCCUCGAGGCGACGUGCUACCAGACUGCUGCUAUCUUGGCGGCUAUGCACGCUGAUUCGGGCAAGGAGCUGAAGAACCUCGCUGUCGACGGCGGCAUGUCCGAGUCGGAUCUGUGCAUGCAGACGCAGGCGGACGUGAGCGGGAUCCCGGUCGAGCGGCCGGCGAUGCGCGAGACUACGGCCUUGGGGGCGGCGAUCGCGGCUGGGUUGGCGGUUGGUGCGUGGAACUCCCUCGAGGAGCUGAGGGGGUGGAGGGGACGCGGGAAGAGGACUUUCACGCCGAAGAUUGAGGCGGCGCAGAGGAAGAAGGGGGUUAAGAGGUGGGAGAAGGCGGUGCAGAUGUCGAAGGGGUGGGUGGAGGAGGAGGAGGCUGAGGCUGAGGGGAGCGAUGUGGAGGAGGAGGAGGCGGAUAAGGCUGAGGAGGUGCAGGGGAAGAAGGAGCAGGAGGCUGCUGCGAGGGAGGCGGUGAAGGAGGCGGCUUCUGAGGAAGAUGCGGAUGCCGAGAGGAAAACGGCUGAGCGCGCGGAUGAGGGCGGUGGUGAGAAGACCACCGCUUAAACGGGGGGGGGUGACUACGGACGACGACUACAUUUUACAAGAAUAUCAUCGGAGAUUUAUACAACGGCAUAUACAUCGCAUAUUAUUAUAGAUGGCAUGGACGGGGGUAUAUAUAUGAUCACCACACGCCCACCGAGCGCGGGGCGGGGCGGGGUUGGUUUUCAAGAGGAUUGGGAAACGAAAGCGAGCGUUUUUGUUGAAUAAUCUUUAUUUAUUUUUGGCGGAGCGGGCGGUUGGGGGGGUUGGGGAGCGAAGGAAGGGGUUAAGGGAUCUGAUGGGCGAUGGCGUUUAUCAUUCGCUUGCGGUUUUACGGUUUUAAUUAUGAUUAUAAUUUUUUGGGGGGG